AUGACAGAUGCAAGAGAAAAGGGCUUCUGGACAGGCCCGCUGGAGAUGGCAGACCCCGAGCUCCAUGCCCUGAUCUGCGGAGAGGUCGAGAGGCAGAAGAAGACAAUAAACCUGAUAGCAAGCGAGAACUAUGCGCAUCAGAGCGCGAUGGAGGCCUGUGGGUCUGUCCUCACCAACAAGUAUUCAGAAGGCAGGGUGGGAGAGCGAUACUACGGGGGGACGCACUGGGUCGACAGGAUCGAGCUCCUCUGCCAGAAGAGGGCUCUCGAGCUCUUCGGGCUGGAUCCUGACGUCUGGGGCGUCAAUGUCCAGCCAUACUCGGGGAGCCCAGCCAACUUUGCAAUCUACACGGCCGUUGUCCCUCCGGGCGGGAGGAUCAUGGGCCUUGACCUGCCGUCUGGAGGACACCUGACCCAUGGAUACAAGACGAAGACCAGGAAGAUAUCUGCCUCAAGCGUCUACUUCGACUCAAGGCCAUACACAGUGGGGAGCAACGGCCUCAUCGACUACGAGGGCCUCGAGAAGACCUUCACGGACUUUCUGCCGCACAUCCUGAUCUGCGGAUACAGCGCAUACUCCAGAGACAUCGACUACAAGAGGCUGCAGUCGAUAGCCGGCAGGAACGGUGCCUUUCUGUUUGCAGACAUCUCGCACAUCUCGCCGCUGGUUGCGUCUGGGCUGAUGAACAGCCCGUUCGAGCACUGCGACAUUGUCAUGACGACAACGCAGAAGGGGCUCCGGGGACCUCGAGGGGCGCUCAUCUUCUACAGGAGGGCCGUGACAAAGAAUGGGGAGACUGUGGAUCUGGAUGCCCGGAUCAACUUUGCCGUGUUUCCGAUGCUGCAGGGAGGCCCCCACAACCACACGAUUGCAGGGAUUGCCUCUGCACUUCUCCAUGCAGGAACUCCCGAGUUUGCGGAGUACACAAGGCGCGUGGUGGAGAACUCGAGGGAGCUGUGCAGCCGCUUGCAGUCUCUGGGCCUUGACAUCCUGACGGGGGGAACGGACAACCACAUGCUCCUUGUGGAUCUCCGGAGCACGGGUGUCGACGGGGCGGCUGUGGAGCACAUGUGCGAUGCCCUGGGCAUCAGCCUGAACAGAAACGCCAUUGUCGGAAACUCCAGCCCGCUGAGCCCGUCUGGAAUACGUGUGGGCACAUAUGCAGUCACUGCCAGGGGAUUUGGCCCCGAGGAGAUGAGGGAGGUUGGAGACAUAAUCGGCGGGGUAGUCAAGCUCUGCAGGGAGAUGACGGGCGGCAGGAAGAUGUCGAAGGCCGAUCUCCACAGAGUGACGUCCGAUGCCCGGGUCAUGGGCAGCGAGCAGGUUUUAGUGCUGAGAAGAAGAGUGUGUGCCCUGGCAGAGGCAUAUCCCAUCUACGAAUGA